AUACACUAUACAUAUAAGUCUCAUGAGUCGCAUUGCACUUUGGGAAAUGCGACUUGACAAAAAAAAAGUAAAAAAGCCCACAAAUUACAAUAAUCAGUUAAAUAAAUAAUUAAUCCGCGUUGAAAAAAAUAAUAAUAAGUUUAUCAGUGUCGUGUAAAUAAAAUAAAAUCUAAAAUAAUAAUAAUAAUAAUAAUAAUAAACAUUAAAAUAUAAUAUUUGUUCAUUCCGCCAUUCGGGAUUUCAAUCGGCAGCCAGUGUCUAUUUUAAUCAAAAAUAAAUAAAUAAAUAAAUAUUAUAAUAAUAAUUAUAAAAAUAUAAACAAUAACUAGGUUUAUAAAUAAUAAUAUAUUUAAAUAAUAAUAAAAGCAUGUAAAUAUUAAGUAUAUAAAACAACAAUAUAGUAUAUAAUAAAUAAAUAGUUUAAUUGAAGGAACAUUAAAAUGUGAAAUUGCAAGCGUCGGAACGGAGAGAAACGGACUGACGACGACGACGUCCAAGGUGUUUGAAGAUUGGUGAUUUUGUUAUUUGAGGUUGGAAGUUAGUUAUAAGAACUGGUCAAAAUGUGCGACCAAACAGAGAUUAAGUACGAAGAUGAGGAAGUUGUCUGGGUUAAACUUGGUGCUUGCUGGUGGCCUGGACAGGUCACGGGUUAUGAAAAGUUGCCAGAGGAUAUUAAAAUUGAGUUUGAUAAAAAGGGUUUGAUUGCUGCUGUUAAGUUUUUUCAAGAAGAUAAAUUUGAAUAUGUUAAAAAUUUACAACAAAUUUAUAAGUACAAUUGUAAAAAGAAGGAUGAUUUUAUAAAAAAAGGCUUUGAUAAAUAUCGUUCAAAAACAAAAGAAGGUUCCAGUUACAUGGAUAAAUUCCCUCAAGAUAUAGUGAUGGCUGAAAAAUUAACAAAUGGAGAUCCCAAUAUCCUGAGAACACCAAAAUUUUCUCCAGAAGAAAAACCAGACAUUUCAUAUCUUUUUGGUGGAGACAAGAAAGUAUCGAAAAAGAAAAAAGACAAAGAUGAUCGAAAAUCAUUUAGCGCAAUAAGCCCUGAAAGAAAAAUAACUCAUCCCAGAUUUCGUGGUCCUAGUGAUCAUGAAAUUCGGAUUCGCGCGAACCAAUAUUCGUCAUCCAGUCAGCCGUCAACACCUGAUGAAAAAAUUCCGAGUUACAAUUGUCCACUCUGUUCAUUUACUUCAACUCGUGUAAAUGUUUUAAUUUCUCACAAUCGCAGUCAUCGAUCUACUGGCUGGGAAAGUCCUUUGUCACGUUCUCGCACUUCUUUGACACCUAAGACCUCCCGUCCUCAUACUACGGAGUCACCCAAACGCAAGUACGUACGCAAAACUAAAAGUUUAUCCGCAAAAUCACCGGUUCAUAAUGAAAAGUUAUCAACAAGUGAGACUGUUAAACGUAAAUACAAUAAAAAUACAGAUAAUAAAGUGAUAAAAAAGAAGAAAACAGAUCCUGAGUUGAGGGAAAAAUUAUUAGCUGACUGGGAUAUUGACUCAAGUGAUGAAGAUUUUGGUAAUUCAUUAAAUAAAUCUGAAUCUUUUGAUGACAGUCCUUCUAAAAAUACAACUAUCAAUGUCAGUGAUAAUAAUAAAAAUAAUAAUUAUGAUGAUCAUAAUAAUGAUUUGCUGAUGGAAACAGACAAAUUAUUAAAAGAUACUCAACCAAACGAUUUGAAAAAAGGCAUUGAAGAUAAAUUAAAAGAUCAUAAUGAUGAUGCUGACAACAAAGUUGAAAAAGAUGAUGAAAAUAAUUUAAAUAAAAUUUUGCAUGAUCAAGAAAAUGAAUCAAAGGAUAAAAAAAAUGAUUUCAAAGAACAGAACAAAGAUAAAGAUAAAUCAAAAUUUUCUUGUUUCGAUUUUGAUGAAGAUGAACCUGAACCUCCAGUUACAAUACCGGUCCGGAAAUUGGGGCGUGUUUUUGGUGAUAAAACUUCAUUAAAGAAAGAAAUAAUAAAAGAAUUUACGAAAAGCCAAGCGUUGGAAAAUAAACGGGAUGAAAUUAAUAAAGUUGUCACCGAUGAUGACAGUAAAUUAAUUGAAGAAAUGAACAAAACUGUUGAUGAUGUUGAUAAUUUGAUGGCUAAAAUAACAGAAACUACAUCGGCAACGAAGUCUACAAGUUUUAAAAGUGAUUUAGUGGCUUUUGAUGGUGAUGGUGAUGGUGAUGAUGAUGAUGAUGAUGAUGAAGCUAAAGCUAAAGCUAAAGCUAUUAGUUCAAGAUCUGCGGCAUCAGAUACUUUAAUAUUGGGCUCAGAAUCAGAUUUAAAAUCAAAUGCAUCAGAUACUUUACUUCUGGGUUCUGAUUCGGAUUUAAAGUCUGAAGCCUCUGGUUUAUCGGAAUUGGGUCCCAUUACAUCUGAAUUGGGAUCAGUGGCUUCAGAAUCACAAGAUUCAGCUUCUAAAUCAAUGGGAUUAGAUUCUGAUAAAACAGAAUUAAAUAUAAAUUUGGUCAGUGAUCAAGUAAAUCAAGUAGAAACAGCUAUGGAAGUUGAUAAUAAAGAAGAAGAACUUGAAAUUGUUGAAAUAAUUGAAACAGAAGAAGAUGAAGAAGAAGAAGAAGACGCAAAAAAAAUAGAAAAAGAAGCAAUUAACGAAACACCGCUAUCAAUUGCAUCACAAUCACCAAAAAAAUCUUUAUUAAUUCCUAAAUCACCUGAAAAAAAAUCUAUUGUCUCUUGUAUGCCAGAUAUGGAUCCAGGACGAGUUACUAUUGAAGAAGAAGAAGAAACUCUUCCAAUAUCUCAGCUCUCUCGGACAUCAUCCAGAGUCACUGAGUCUGGAAGUCUCUGCAACAUGGGAUGGUCACAGCUGAGUGAAAUAAUUGGCAGUACGCCAGCAUCUAAAUCAGUUGAUAAAAAUCAAUCUUCUACAACAACUCCUAUGAAGCGAGGCCGUGGACGUCCACCAAAGAAUCCUAAGAUCGAUUCAACUCCCAAGCUUAAUCGUAAAUCUGCUGUCAUUACAAAUUCUUUAAUAAAAAUUGAUGACCAACCAGGUACACCAGGUACUCCUGAAUCUUUUGAUGAACGCAAGACUUCGCUAUCUGAAUCAGAUACUGAUAGAUCACAUACGGGAAGACGACGAAAACCUAAUAAAAAAUAUUUAGAAGAUGCUUAUUCGAGUCCUGGUAGCAGUAGUGGAUUUGCUGUUAAAACAGAUGACAGUCAAUCGGAAACUGAAGAAAAAAAAGCAAAAAUGGUAAAGAAAAAACGAGGAAGACCUCUUGGAUGGAAAAAAAAUAAAAAUAAUAGAGAAGUUAAACCUAUUGAAGAAUACGAAAUGUCUGAUCAGACAAUUGACAGCGCUGAAGAAAUAGUUAGUGAGUCUAUUGAAGUUACUCAAGUUGAAGAAAGAAUUAUUGACGCUGUUGAUAAUUGUAAAAGUCUUAAAGUUAUGGAAGAUAUUAAAGAUGUUAAAAAUAUUAAAGAUAUUAAAGAUGAUGAUUGUAUUAUUAAAAAUGAUAAAUCUCCAGUUCAUUUGACAAAUUUGACUUCGGCUAUUGAAAUACCAAGUCCAAUAAUUGAAAUACCUUUAGUUGCGAGUUCUAUUGAUGCAUUGACUACUACUAGUGGUAAUAUUUCGGGUCAUUCUGUUGAAGUUGAUAUAGAUAUUGAUGAUCAAAUUGGUCCAGUUGCUCCUGAAGCUGUACCAGUUAAUGUCAAUGUUGAUGUUAAUGCCGAUGUUGAUGUUGAUUAUGAGGCACGCAAACAAGAUGAAGUUGAUCGUGCUGCACUGAUGAAUGAUCUUGAAGAUAAAGAUGAUGAUGAUGAUAAUGAUAAUGAUAAUGAUACUAAUGCUGAUAAUAAUGCUGGCAAUACACAUGAACGAAUUGAUAUUUUGCCGCCUAAAAAAUCACAAAUUAAAAAAUUUGAAUUGUCGCAAAUUGAUGAAUCACAAAUUGAUUUAGAAAAUGAAAUUAAAAAACAUGUUGAUGACGUUAACGAGAUUAAAGAAAGUGAGGAACCGAUUCAAGUAGAAGAGGAAAAAGUUGAGAAACAAAAUAAUGAUAUAGAGAUGGAAAUGGAAAUUGAGGAAGAGAAAACUGAUAUCAUUACCGAUACUUUUGAGAUUGUAGAUAAAAUUGAUGAGAAUUCACAAGUUUGUCAAUCAGAAACUAUUGAUACAGUUGAAAAUAUAGUUCAGAAUAAAGCUGAAGAUAAAGUUUGUGAGGAAAUUGAGCAAGUGACUGAAGUCAUCAUUAAUGAGGAAAAUAAAAUACAAGAUGAUAAAAUUCAAACAACUGAAGAUAUUGAAACUGAAGUGGUUGAUAACACUUGUAAAUCGAUUGAUAGUACUUUAGAAUUAGUUGACAAAGCCUUAGAAUUAAAUGAUAAAACUUGUGAAUCAAUUGACACAGUAGAAUCAAUAACUCAAGUUAUUGAACCAGUUGAUUCAGUAGAAUCAAGAACUCAAGUUGUUGAACCAGUUGAUACAGUAGAAUCAAUAACUCAAGUUAAUGAACCAGUUGAUACAGUAGAAUCAAUAACUCAAGUUAUUGAACCAGUUGAUCAUAAAUCAUCAGAACCAAUUGAUAAUAAUACUUUAGAGUUAAUUGAUAAUGCUACAGAAUCUGUUGAAAAAACAUCUGAAUCAAUUGAUAAAAAAUUAGAUUUAAUUGAUGAAACAGAAUUAGAUUCAGAAUUAAUGAACAAAGAAUCAUCGGAAAUAACUACAGUAAUUGAUAAUGAUAAAUCAUUAGAAAUUAUUAAUAAACCUACAGAUAAUGAAUCAAUAGAUUUAUUAGCUGGAAAUAAAAUUAUAAUAAAUGAAUCAUUAAAAACAGAUAAUGAAGUUAUUGAAUCAGUAGAUAUUCCGUCUGAAUCAAUACAAGUUAAAUCAGAAUCAAUUGAUAAAGUAUCGGAAUUUAUAGAAACUCCAGCAGAAAUUGAAGCUAAGUCAGUAGUAUCACCAUCAACACUAUCAACACCAUUAUUAACUGGUGAAUCACUCGAAUCAACGAUACCAGUUAAAAAACGUGAAAAACCUCGUAUUAUUGAAAAUGUACAAUUAAAAGAACCAAUGCAUAUUUUAAAAUCAAAAUUACUUGAAAAACCUAAAGGUAAACAUAAACUUAUCGAUGAUGAUAAUAAAACGGGAUCAAAAGCUAAAAUAAUAAAAUUAGAUCCUAGUAUUAAACGUUCAAAAAGUAGUGGAAUAAUGUCAUAUGGACAAAAAAUUAAAGUACUGAAAGCUGCUGAUGCUAAUGAUAGAAAAAUCCAAGAAUUGUCACAAAUAACAACAUCUUCAGUUAUUAAUCAAAGAGUUGAUGAAACUGUAAGAACUGUCGAGACAAUUGCUGUUGUUGCUGAAGGGGAAAACGAAAAAUUGAUACAACAAUCAUCAGCGAGUCUUGAAGACAUGGAUUUAGAUAUUAAUUCAAUACCAUUUGUAAUGAGCGAAGAUUUAACGCCAGAUAGUAUUGAACAGAUGCCUGUUGUUAUUUCAUCAAUAAUACCAACAUCAAAUUCAGAAAUAUCAACUCAAGAUUUAAAUAUACCUUGUACAACUUCUUCUACAGUUGAAUUUGGUAUUGGUUCUACAGGAUCAAUAUCAUCACCUGUUACACCAUCAGUAGUACUUGAUUCUAGUACAGUAUCAUUGUCAUCAUCAUCUGAAUCAGGUGCUAUAGUAUCUGUACCAGUUUCAGGAAUUAAUAAAAUAUCUCAAACAUUAGUUUCAACAUCAACAAUUACAUUACCACGUGCAGCUCCAGCAUUAGCACCAAUAACUCCAUCAUCAGACAUUGAAACAAUAACCGUUGAUGCAAGUCCAAAAAAAAAAUGUCCAACGUCUCCAGCAAUUUUGAAAACAAAGCCCAAAGCUAAACCCACAAUAACAAGUAUAAAAACAAUUUCUCCACCAAUAACUGCUGGAGGUAUCAAGAGUAUAAAAUUUCAAAACACCAAAUCACCUACUGCUAUGGCUUCUAAACAUUCUGCCAGCAAGUAUGUUAUUGUUCAAGCAGGAGCUGGAGGCCAGCAAAUGCGUUAUAUGAUUCAUGGAAAGCCUCGAUUAGGCACAAAAACAGUUGUAUCUGCGGGUAAACCAGCAGCUAAUCCUCAAAUAGUUUCUCAAGGUGGUAAAGUUGUAAUUCUUACUUCUCCACAAUCUGGACAAGCUAAAAUGGUGCCAUUAAAAAAUUCACUUGGAGUAAUUAAAGGACAACAAACUUACGCUGGAACUAGUAAAACUAAUAAAAUUGAUACACCAACAACAUCAAAAUUAUCAAGUCCUAAAUUAGUUAGUUCUAAUUUAUUGACCAGCAAACCUUCAUUAACACCUAUGACAAGUCCCAAAACUAUUAUAAACCCAACUAUUAUAAAAGGAGGUGUAUUUACAUCAAUAACUCCAAAGAUAAUAAAUCAAAAAUUAAAACCUGGUACAUUAAUUUCAGGAAGUCCUAAAACUAUUUUAACAUCUAUACCUGGUAAAAUUGUUACUGGUAGUAUGGUUCCUGGUAAAGGUACAGUCCUUACUCCAAUAACUGGACAGCAAGUAAAAGCUAUUGCUGCUAAAAGUCCAGCUAAACCAGGACAAACAACUUCAAAAGUUACUUAUCAAUUACAAAAAGGAGGACUGCCAAUGGUUACUAAGACGCAAAAAAUAGUAUCAAUGUCAUCGACAUCAUCUGCAGCAUCUUCGCCAUUAAAAAGUUUGAAACCCACUAAUAUUGUCAUGACACAAAAGAAUCGAUUGCCUAAAAAAAUAAUUAGACAAGCUGGAGUUGUUAAUCAAUUACCGGUAGUAGCUAAUCCAGUAAACAGUUCCAGUUCUAAUCUUAGUCCCAGUCCCAGUUCCAGUUCUAGUUUUCAAGGAAUUGAUAAAAUGGGUAAAUUACCACGAGGUCGUGGACGUACGAAAAUUCAGCCAGAGAGUCCAGGUAUUAAGUUAAAAUCAUCACCAAAACCAAUGAAAACUCCCCCAAAGAUUAAAUCUAAAGAAUUAGUUACUGGUGCUAGUAGUGCUUCAGUAUCUGGUGUAGCAUUCCCAUCAACUUCUCUUGGUUCACCUUCUGGAUCAGUCACUCAAAUUGAAACUGCUCUAAGUGUGCCCGUGAAUGCUCCAACACCGGGACUAGUUACUCCAGCACUUAAAACAGCUACGGCAGAUGCAGCAGAAUUACAGAAAUUAACUUCAGUACUAGAAGUUAAAGAAGAAAAACCAGUACCUCAAAUUAUGGCUUUACCAACUGAAAGUUCUGAUGGUACUCAGACUUAUGUAUUGGUUACUAUUGAUGAUCAGGGACAAAUUCAACCACUUGAUAAUAAUGCCUUGAUGUCAUUAGAAGGAACAACUCAAAAUCCUGAUGGAACGCGUACUCUUUAUAUUGAUCCAGCUUCUCUAGGUGAAGCUGGUAAUUUGGACAAUAUUGUUUUACAAUUUGAUAAUUCAAUGGCUCCUGCAUCAUCAAUAUCAUCAGCUCCAAUUCCAACUUUAGCUACUAGUGAUUAUACACGUAGUCAAGUGCCUACAACAAAUCAAGAUAUUUUAGCAGCUGCUCUAGCAAAUACUGAUUUCCAACAAGAUAUUUUACCAGAAACUACUGCCAGUUUGACUUCUGGAUUGACAUCAACUAGUUUAAUCAAUCAAACGAUUCUCCAGUCAACAAUUAUUCCCACAUCAGAUCCAAUUUCAUCACCGUCAGUUCUUGAGACUUCAUUGACAUUAAAUCAACCAAUUAUGACACCACUUGAAGUUCCAAGCAGUUUAUCAAUUCAAGUUAAUGCUUCAGAAACAUUAAACACUCUUGCUCACCCUGUAGUUCCAAUUGUAGAUACUGGUGCUCAAACUUUACAGGAAUUACCUAUUACAAUAAAUAAUCCAACCAUUGAAUAUAUUAAUAGUAAAUUACCUGGUAAUUCAAUGCCAGAUAUUGAAGAAAUAGAUACACCUGUAUCAGCACCAGUAGUGUCUAGUGCUGAUAAUUAUCUCGUAAUACCUAGCAUCAGUGAUAGUGGAACAGUAUCUUAUGCUGUUUCAAUACCAGAUAAUAUUAGUAUUGAUAGUACUGCACCAACUCCUUCUAUGCCAAUUAUUGAUGACGGAUUUAAUGACAAUCAAGUUCAGGUCCAGGAUACUCAUACAUUUAAACAAUCUACUCAAGUAAUUAACGAAGACGAUAAACAUGCAGUACGUGAUAUGCCUAUUGUUGCUGAUGAAACUUGUACACCUAUGGAAGUUGAUGUUACUGAAACAGUUAAACAACAAGUUGAUGAAAUUGAUAAUCAAGCUCAACAAGUUGAAAAUGUUAAUGACCAAGUUGAAAUUGAAGUUUCUCAAGUUAAGGAUCAGGUUACUGAAAUUCAAAAUCAAGUUUCUGAAAUUCAGGAACAAAUUUCCGAGAUUCAGGAACAAGUUUCUGAAAUUCAAAUGCACGGUGAAAUUAUAGAAGAAAUUGUCAAUAAUCAAGUUCCAACAAUUCAAGAUGUACAACAAAUUCAAGAUCAUGAUAUUCAGGAACAAGUACAUAUUCACGAUCAUAUUGAACAGGUUCAAGAGCUUCAAGAUAUUCAGGUAGAAGUAAAUCAGGAUCAGAAUCAAAAUCAAGAUAAUAUUUCUGAGAUUCAGGAUAAAAUUUUUAUUCAAGAACAAAAUCAAGAUGUUCAAAUGCAAGAAAUAAAUAAUAAACCUGAAUCAACAGAAGUUGAAUCCAUGGAAGUUCAAGAGUCAGAACCAUCACAAUCUUAUGAACCAUCAAUAGAAAUACCAACUCAGUCUAAAUUACAAUCAACAGAAGCAUCGCCAAUUACUUAUGAGGCUAUGAUUGAUGAUUCUGAGCCUCCAACACAGUCUUAUGAUGACAUAAAAGCUGAAGCUACUCAAUCCUACGAUAAUGCACCAACCCAAUCAUUUACCGAGGACCAGGAUACAAGGAUCGAUGAUCCCAGUUUUCCUACCCAAAGUUAUGAGGUAGAAAAACCAGAUAACAAUGUUGACGUAGACGGAAUUAUUGAAACUGAUGGUGAAUUAAGUCAAGAAGGUAAUAUUCCAUCCCAAUCAAAUGACAUUGAUAGGAUUGGAACUUGUUUUAUGAGCAAUGACAGAAAUUGUGGUAACAUUGGUGUAGCCAGUGGAGCCAGUGCUAGUAGUGCCAGUGGUUUCAAUGAAGACGAAACAGCUAGUUCUUCAUAUGUACCUGAAACUCCAGAAACUCAAGAGCGGGAUCAAGACCAAGAGAGCGCGAUUAGUACAUCAUCAUAUGAAAUUCCAACAUGCGAAGAAAUAAAUAUUGCUUCAUCGAGCGUAAUUCCUGAUACUAGUGUUGACGCUGAACACAUUAGUAUUCAUAACAACGGAGUGCCUGAAAUUCCAACUUCAAGCUAUAAUUUAAAUCCUGACAGCAGCUCCGGUGGAAGUGUUGACGCGGUGCCUAGUUCUAGUUAUGAAGAUAAUCAAAUAGAAAGAGGAGUAGUUGAGCAAAAUGUAUCAACAAGUUAUCAAGUUUCAAUUUCUAUGCCAGGAUUGGAAGGAAACGCAAGUUUUGUCAGCGAGAGUACAGAUCAGGUUGAUCAACCUUCCAGCUACUAUACUCCUCAUACAGAGGAUACAUCAGAAGCAACACAAAGUUAUUUUGUACCCGAAGGACCAAGUCCAAGUUAUCAGCCUCAAAUAGCAUCACCAAGUUACUACGAGCCACCACCAGAGUCUGAAGCAACUCAGAGUUAUUAUUCUCAGGAUAAUGAUCAACGUACAAGAGACAUUGAACAGCAAUCUGCGUCUCAAAGUUAUUACCAAGAGUCAACAACAUCAUCGUCAACAGCAUUAGCAUCAGCAUCAACAUCAUCAUCAUCGUCAUCAACAUCAUCAAGAGUAGCAGUAGUAGGAGUAGGAGUAGGAGCAGGAGUAGGAGUAGCAGGAACAACGACAAAUGACGAAGAACUGAGGCUUGGUCAAGUUGGUGAAGCAACACCAACGUAUUCAACAGAAAGAUAUCCUGUUGAUUAUCAUAUUGACAAUUCAUCACUAAUUGAUAGGCAUGAUUUAGUUGAAAGUUCGGUAUCUGCUACACCACAGCCUACUGAAAGGUAAUACAUAAUUUAAAUAUAAAUUUUAUCUGUCAUUUAAUUAAUUAUUAUUAUGAUUAUUAUUA